AGCAGCGGAAUUUCUAUGUAUAUACGGGACUCGCUAUUGUCGCCAACUUCGUCAUGCAUGAUUCAACCACGAUGAGGGCGCAGCUCGAACAGCGCCAGCAGCAGCGUUCUGGGCGUCAAUCCGCUUCGGCCGCAACACGGAGCGGGACGUCAUUCCCGGCGCUGCGGAACCGUGCACACGAAAGUGACAGCCCCUACGUGCGCAACCAUGCCGAUACUCCAGUGGCAUGGCAACCGCUCGAUGCGUCAACCAUAGCUCGAGCCACCGUCGAGAACAAGCCGAUAUUCAUGCAUAUUGGCUUCUUAGCCGACCACCUGUGCCACCUCACGACACAAGACUCCUUCUCCAAUUCCUCGGUGGCCGCGUUCCUGAACGAAGCCUUCAUACCCGUCAUCAUCGACCGAGAAGAGCGCCCUGAUCUCGACACCAUCUACCAAAAUUACAGCGAGGCAGUCAACGCUACCGGCGGAUGGCCCUUAAAUCUCUUCCUAACCCCGGACCUCUACCCCAUCUUCGGCGGCACCUACUGGCCGGGCCCGGGCACCGAACACAGCGCUGCUGGCGCCGCCGUAGCCGGGGACAACACUGGCGAGGAGUCGUACAAUGACUUUCUCGCCAUAGCCAAGAAGAUCCACAAGUUCUGGGUAGAACAGGAGGAACGAUGCCGGAGGGAGGCGUUCGAGAUGCUGCACAAGCUGCAGGAUUUUGCACAGGAGGGCACGUUCGGUGCGACCGGGGACAUCGCCGUUGCCUCGACCGCUCCCACGGCGGCGGCUGCGGACCCGGCCGACCUCGACUUGGACCAGCUAGAUGAGGCCUUGGCAAGGAUAUCCAAGAUGUUCGACCCCGUGGACUACGGGUUUGGAACGCCAAAGUUUCCGAAUCCGGCCCGACUGUCCUUUCUGCUCAGGCUCGCCAUUUUCCCGUCCGAAGUGCGCGAUGUCAUCGGGGAGAAGGAGGUUGCAAACGCUACCUCAAUGGCUAUCGGUACCCUGAGGCGCAUCCGGGAUGGCGGGCUGAGGGACCAUCUCGGUGCGGGUUUCAUGAGGUUCAGUGCCACUAGAGACUGGAGCAUGCCUCACUUUGAGAAGAUGGUCGGGGAGAACGCAUUGUUGCUCGGCGCGUUUCUCGACGCCUGGCUGGGUCAGGCUCAAGGAGGGGACAAGGGACCAAGCGUGCACGACGAGUUUGCCGACGUUGUUCUGGAGUUGGCCGACUACCUGACAAGCCCCUUGAUCUGCCGUCCCGGCGGUGGUUUCGUGACCAGCGAGGCAGCCGAUUCAUUCUACCGAAAAGGCGACCGGCAUAUGCGGGAGGGCGCGUAUUACCUCUGGACCCGACGUGAGUUCGACCAGGUGGUCGGUGGAGGGGCGAGGGACCACGUCAGCUCGGUCGCUGCGGCCUACUGGAACGUGCUGGAAGAUGGGAAUGUCCCCCAGGAUCAAGAUCCCUUUGACGAAUUCAUCAAUCAAAAUGUCCUGUCUGUCAAUAAGGAUCUAACCGAGUUUUCCAAGCAGUUUGGGGUCCCUCCUGAGGAGAUCAAGCGCCUGGUCUCCGCCGCUCGGGAGAAGCUGAGCACUCACCGGGACAAGGAGCGAGUUCGCCCUGCCAGGGAUGAGAAGGUUGUUGUAGCAGUCAAUGGCAUGGUCAUUUCGGCCUUAUCGAGGACGGCAGCCGCUAUACGCCCGCUUGAUCCAGAGAGAGCUGCGAGAUAUUUCCAAGCUGCAAGAGCCGCAGCCACUUUUAUCAAGGACAGACUUUGGGCGGGGACCGGGGGCGACGAUAUCAAUCCACUACGUCGGUUCUUUUACGAGAAGCCAAGUCAGAGAGCUGCUUUCGCGGAUGACUAUGCCUUCCUGAUCGACGGCCUUUUGGAUUUAUACACAGCGACGUUUGAAGAGGAAUGGCUGACGUGGGCCAAGCAACUACAAGACGCCCAGAACCGGCUCUUCUACGAUUUUCCUAUUGCCAAGCCAUCACAACCACCCCCUCCACCGUCCCCCAGGCACGCCUGCUCGGGCGGCUUCUACUCGACCGAGGCGGAUACGCUAAGUCCCACCAUCCUGCGCCUCAAGAGCGGCAUGGACAAGUCACAGCCCUCGACCAACGCGGUGUCAGCGUCAAAUCUGUUCCGCCUCGGCGCCCUUCUGGCCGCGGGGGAGCCAGACGCCGCCGAGGCCUAUACCCUCCAGGCUAAGGCGACUCUUGCAGCGUUUGAGGCCGAGAUCUUGCAGUACCCAUGGCUCUUCGUCAGCCUGCUGACCAGCGUCGUGACCGCCCGCCUCGGCGUUAGGAAAGUGUGCAUCAAGCGCGGCGACGAGAGAGCCCUGACGGAGUACUACACGCUGCCGCGGGCUGAGGCUAGGGCGCUUUUGCUUGUUGAUGACGAGGAUAAAAAGACGGCUGGACGGGAAACUGCCAGGGGGAAGGAGGUCGAGGGAUUUGGGACGGCAGGGUUGCAGAGUAGAAUGGAGGACCUGAAGCUUGCAUCUAAACCGUGAUUAGAAAAUGCGGAAAUGCUGGUGCUGGCAUAAAGGGGGGAAAGGCCAUUAGAAUUAUUAAGAUACCAACAUUUCUUAUUUUCUUUUUGGAACAGACCACGUUUAAGAUUCCUAGCAUUUGCGACCGGUUGGCCUUGGAAGAUGGUACUCUCGGAAUCACACUCAAUGCCUCUGCACGGAAUCGGAAUGUGUUAAGGCAUUAUUAGGAAGACGGUAUUCGGUACAUACAAUCAAGUUAGGUACUCGAAUCUCUCAGGAGAGGCAUCACCACCUCCCUAGCACACCUACCGUCGCAUUUUCUUGCUUCAUGGCAACGAUGCCGACUUGUUCUGCCAAAAGGGUAUCUAGUCUACAGUAUUGUUUCUCGAGUUUCCUUCGCCACUAGAAAGGAGACCUAAUGCCCACCUGCGGGGCUUUAAGACUCUUCAUUCAAUAAAUCCCUGGCUCACUUCCUCUUCGCGUGGGAUUCGGUGACAACCUUAUGGGAU